AUGAUAUUUGACAGAUGUUUCAUAGUUAACUGUCGGAAGAAAAACAUCUGUGCAAAAGGAUUAUUUAAUUUUUAAAAUGUCGAAAUCUCCGAACGAGGAUCUCUUGGAUACAUAUAAGAUAAUAACGUCAAAAUUGAGAAAGCGUUUUUUACGUAAACCAAAUGUAGCAGAAGCUUCUGAUGAAUUUAAUUCCCUAGCUAUUCGUUGUGAGAGAUCACAGGCUCUUGAAUUUUCUGGUUUGUGCUGGCUGGGUGUAGCAAAAUGUGAAGGGUCAUUAGGUAACUCAUAUUUAGAAAUUGAAAGCUUACUGAAAGCAGCUCAUUCAUUUAACAACUCAAGAAAUUUUAGCAAAAAGAUUGGAUGUAGCUGUAUGAGGCAUGAGAUUACUAAUGCAAGCCUUAACUGUUAUCAUCAUGCCAUAUCAAGGUUUAGAGAAAAUUCACCAUUAUGUGUCGCAUCACACAUUGAGGCAAAAAAUGUUUUAAAUGAUCAAUUAGUUAAGGACAUUGAUUUUAAUCAGAUAACGCAAAUUCAUCCUGCAUUGACUAUACAUACAUUAACGUCAAGGUUGCAGCAAUUAAUUGAUAAUGGUGAUUACACCAAUGCAUUAGAGGUUUUGACACUGAUGGAUUCAAGUAUAAAUAUAUCUUCUUCCUCUGGAAUUUUUAGAGAUCUACUGAUCAGGAAUGAAAUUACAAAGGUUUUACUUCUGGUCAUGCUAGAACCACCAAUUGGAAAAUUAUCUGUAUCACAAGCAAAACUUAUAGAAAAAUACUCAUGGGUUGACUUUAAAAACCCAAAUGAGAUUGAUAAUCUCCCAGAACAAUUGGGCUUGUUAGUGUGUUCUUUGGUAGCUGCUUGGCAAUGUAGAGACAUAGAUUCGAUAAAUGAUAUCAAGCCGAAAAUAGUAGCUGAAUUAACUAACAUACAAAGACGCCUUCUUAAUGAUUUAAUACGUGAUCGGCUGAUGUAGAAAAGAAGUAUAAGUAAAUAAAGAUAGAAUAAUUUAUUUCAAUAUUCAUAUUGAUAUUUGAUAUAUUUUUA